AUUUGUUCAUGAAAUUAACCUAACUCAGAGUUACUUGGUAUUCAGGUUAUCUUGGCCACGGCCUGAUGGAUAAGUUCCGUGCCAUAUUCAUCAGGCGGCGCCAUAUUAGACUAUAUAGCUGCGGACGAAGUCAGGGAAGGAGCAGUAUUCCACAUGACAAGGGUACUCAGGUCGCAUUAAUCACUUCGCAGAAUACUCGAGCUAACUUGCCGGCAGACAUGACUUCCUUGACUCAACGGAGUUCGGGCCUCGUGCAAAGGCGGACUGAAGCUUCGCGCAACGCCGGUGACAAAGACCAUCUGUCCGGCGAGGAGGACCACAAGCCCCGACGGAGUGAGGAGCAGGACGGAGAUGACCCCGGAGACGCCAAAGAAACACGUCUCACCUUGAUGGAAGAAGUGUUGUUGUUGGGACUGAAGGACCGAGAGGGCUACACCUCAUUCUGGAAUGACUGCAUUUCAUCAGGGUUGCGGGGGUGCAUGCUGAUUGAACUGGCCCUGCGAGGACGCCUUCAGCUGGAGGCUUGUGGCAUGAGGAGAAAAGGUCUGCUGGCUAGGAAGGUGAUUUGUAAGUCAGAUGCUCCAACAGGUGAUGUGCUCUUGGAUGAAGCCUUGAAACACAUAAAAGAUACCCAACCACCGGAGACUGUGCAGAGCUGGAUCGAACUGCUCAGUGGAGAGACGUGGAACCCCCUAAAGCUUCACUAUCAACUGCGGAACGUCCGUGAACGGCUGGCCAAAAACUUGGUAGAAAAAGGUGUUCUUACUACCGAGAAGCAGAACUUCCUGCUUUUUGAUAUGACCACACAUCCUCUGACCAACAGCAACAUCAAACAGCGCCUCAUCAAGAAGGUCCAGGAGGCCGUAUUGGACAAGUGGGUGAAUGACCCUCAUCGAAUGGACAAGCGGCUGCUUGCACUCAUCUUCUUAGCCCAUUCCUCAGAUGUCCUGGAAAAUGCCUUCGCCCCGCUGCUAGAUGAUCAGUACGAUUUGGCUAUGAAGAGAGUGCGGCAGCUGCUGGAACUGGAGCCUGAAGGAGAAAGCAUGAAGGCCAAUACCAAUGAGCUGUUAUGGGCUGUGGUAGCUGCCUUCACCAAAUGAGGCUACCACAAAGUGGACAGCAAGCAGUCGUGGCAUUUAAGUGGCAUUGUACUUAGGGGUAGGAACCAGUGUACUGGUGAACUGACUCUUUACCCCUGCCUGUACUUUUGGAAUGGGUUGUCAUUUUUUCUCAUUCCUCUCCCUCUCUCCUUUUCUUUUCCUUCCAGAUAAUUGUUCUUGUUGAUCCUUCAUGGCCUUGUUUCUCCUAUGGGUCAUUAAUGUAUCCUCUUUUGCUAAAAAAUAAUAACUCAGCUUAUCAAACUUGAAAUGAAGUGGUUGGUGUUGAUAUGACUGAGGACAAAAUCAAGCUGUCAAUUCAUAUCCUCUGUUCCUUCUGUUGGGCUUAUCUCUCUAACCGGUUCUUAGAGGUAUGGUAGGAAUUACUUGCAGCUUGACAUAUCUGACAACCCCAUUGUGAUGUACAUGUACGAAUCCAUGUACAGGGCGGUGAUUCUGAAUAGGAGUGAAAGGUUAGCUGGUUAUCCUGACAGAUCUUUAAAUGGAUGUUUUCUACCAAAUGUGGUUUGUGUAUGGAUCUAAUAUAUUUGCUGUCGCAGCAUUCUUAGACUUUUAUGUCAAGUACUGGGAGACAGCUAAUGUGGUCAAAUCCAAAACCCAUUUUACUACCUAGCACUGUGUGCUGUCACCAUUGUUUUUACUCGGUUAAUACCUCUUAGUCCAUCCCAUCCAUUCAUGAUAUACAGUGUACCUGUUGUCUGCCCAGGUCCAUCCUGGCCAGACGGAGGUGUAUACCCUGGACAGUAUAUCACAGGCCUGACAUUUACAGUAGAGACAGACAAGCAUUCACAUCUGCAGUUUACGGUUUGCCCACUCUGUAUGGGUCAGAUGAUGGGAUUGUGGGGGAAACCCACACAGGUACUUAAAAGAUAUUCGCACUCCACACAGAAAGGCCUGAUGGAUUCAAACUGAGGAUUUUCUUAGUGUGAGGUGAUGGUGCAGUCCACAUAGCCACUGUUGUCUGACAUUCCAUCCUUCCUGCCUAAGGCUGUAGAGCAGGUUAUUCAUUCAAUAAGCCUAGACAUGCACAGAAGCUGUGUACAGUCCUGAGAAGAUGGAAUGCUGACUUGUAUGACUUUCUUUAUCACUUACUUUGACCUCAGCCUCACUGAAAAUGUUGUAAAAAGUUAGAAGUGAAAAGCCAAAACACGGUAAACAUCAUUGGACAGUUAUUUGGGGUACUGUGUAAAAAUAGAGCUGAAAUAAUUCCUAAAUUCUACAAAUAUGCAAGAUUGAUGCAGCUGAUAUGUAUGUUAAAGGAAGGAAAAAUAAAUAUACAUAAGUGAAAACAAGUUAUACUGUUUUAAAUAUUUCUUGACCAAAAGAUUUUUUUUAAAUAAUGAAACAUAAAUUUAGGUGGAGAACCUGGGCUGGGAUUAUGUUUCUUCUAGUUUACCAGGGUAAAACACCUUUUUGCGUAAGUGACAGUUGAGGCUCCAACUUAAAUAUUUUAAUGGCAGGAACAAACUCAGGAAAGCAGACCCAAACAGUGUCAUCUACCUUUGUUAGCAAAAUUCGAAUAGACAUUAAGUUUACACUUACUAGUGAAUUUAAAUGUAGUCCAGGAGACUUACUGCAGGAUAAAUGAUCUCACCUUUUAGAGUUGUACAUGGAUUAGGAAAAAAAAGCACUUUCAAGUCAUUCACUCAAAAUAUUUUGUAAAAUAUAUUUAUCCUAACAUCUAUGUCAAUUCCAAGGCUUUUAGCUAAGAGGAGAGUUCCAGGAUGUGUUUACUCACUUUAAAACACACUGGGUCAGACAUAAGCUGCUGCCAUAGCAUCUCCAAAACAUGAAAAAGAAAAUCCAGCUAUUUCCAAAACUAUCUCAUACACAUUUUAUAUUUGAUUCAAUAUAUUUUUUGUAUUUAACACAGAGAAAUGCAACAUUGGGACUACUUCUUGACCAACAUGAAAGUCCUGUCCUCAUUGUAGAGGUUACAGCCAUGUUUUAACCAACUGUUAGAAUUUUUAUUUUGUUUUUUAAAGGUUUAAUGGAACUAGGCUAGUGGUGUCCACCUGAUUCCAUACUGAGCUUGGCUAAACAUAAUUCAGGAACAUAUCACUGUAUUGGAUUCAUAUCUCAUAUGAGUGUGAGUUUGAUGGCAAAUAAGUGCAUUUCCUAAACUUUAGCUAUGCUUUAAUGUGCAGAAUAGAGUCUUGCUGUGCAGUUACCUGCGGGUGCUCUAAAUCAAUCCACUGUAUUUACUAAACUUUGAAAAAAAUCUGAUAGAUGAUCUAACAUACCAAGUCUAUCCAGAUGAAACUGAUGAUGGGCUCACAUUCCAGAUGUUGCUGUAUAUACUUGUGUAUUUCUGUCAGGCACAAAUUCAAAGGACAUUUUGUCACUAUUGUUCUGUCAGCUUUCUAAAGUCUAUCAUUGUUCAUUUGCACUGUCUUUAAAAAUGUUGGACAUCUGUGCUCUAAAACAGCCAACAAAGCCUUUCACAAAGAAAUAUACCUUGCUCUUAUUUCAUAUUGCCUCGUUUUUAUGAAUUUUAUUUCCAAAUUUAACUGUCUAACACAACUUUGGCUGCUUUUUUGUGAAAGAUUGCUUUAUUACAGAUACCAGGGAUGCACUGAUACCAGUAUCGGGUCCAGUACCGCCCUCUAGUAUUGUACUCAUACUCAUAAAAGUUGCCUGAUACCACAUUACAUGAACCUCACACUGACUGAGCAGGUCAUUUCUCUGGUUUUAUCAUUCUGACA